CUCAAAUGAUGAUGGUGAUUUCUAAAACUAAGUAAAUGCUUUGACACACGCGGGGCUGUCAUGUGAGUGCGGGUCAAGCUCUGACGUUUUACGCGCGACGCGUUGAGCUGCGGCAGUCUAACUCCAACUCAACCUGCGUGAGCGUAACUUUACCUCGACGCAUGCGAGCCACGCGAGCAUGUUGCUGCCGGAAGAAGAUGCGGAUGUGUUCAAGCGCUGGGUGCUGCCCAAGCUGGAGACGAUCUCUGACGCCGACGCAGAGGUGCUCGCCGACUACGUGGUCGCGCUGGUCACGACCAAGGACACAGAUGCGAGCAUCCGGCGCAACUGUCUAGAAAGCCUGUCGGACUUCUUGCAGGACAACACGGCGCCCUUUGUCGACGAAGUCAUCCGCACCCUGAAGAGCAAGGGCUAUGCCCCGGGCACGAGCACGAGCGCGAGCGCGAGCGCCAGCGCGACAGCGCCAAUUCCGUCGAUAGUCGGGACCUCGACCGCCGAGUACCUCCCCCACCCGCACGCCUCGACGGCGCCCCUUCAUGCGCCCAAAGGCCCGGCUGCGAGCCGUCACCGUCUGCCCGACCGCCCGACCGGAGCCUCCGCGCAGCCAGCGUCGCGGAAGCGCAAGCAGAACGAGCGGGACGCAAGCCAGGCGCGCGACAAUGGCGACCGGCCGGCCAAGCAGACGGCGCGCAGAGGCAAGAAUGGCCGCGGCCUGAACGCCCACGCGCCCGCCUUUGCGCCCAUGCCCCCGUUCAACCCAGGCUUCGGCGACGUCCCCCCCUUCGACCCCGGGAACCCCAUGGCCUUUCUCGCCAUGGCCGCUGCCUUUGGCGUCAACCUGCCCGGCAUGCCCGGCCUGUCCUCCCUCGACGCCCACGGCGCCCCCAUCCGCUGCGCCGACUACGACACCAAAGGCUACUGCGCCGCCGGGUCGCUGUGUCCGUACUCGCACGGCCUAGACUACGAAGUCGACGGCCCCGCGCCCGCCCACGCCCGCCCCGACGCCCCGUCCUCCACCCUCGUCCUCGACAACAUCCCCGCAGCCCACUUCUCCGAGCCCGCCAUCCGCGCCUUCUUCGCGCCCUUCGGCGCCCUCACAAGCAUCACCCUACACCCCCCGCGCCUCGCCCUCCUCUCCUACGCAGACCCCGACGCCGCGCGCGCCGCCCACACCAGCCCGAAGCCCAUCUUCGACAACCGCUUCGUCACGCUGACCUACCCGCCGUCCACGGACCGCCCCGCCGACGCUGUCCCACAAGAGACGCCAGAAGAGGCCGCCACGCGCCUCGCCGCCGCACAAGCCGCGUUCGAGUCGCGCCGCGCCAAGUUCGAGGCCGCCGAAGCCGCCGCCGCGGAUAUCGAGCGCAAGCUGCAGCACACCAACGCCGAGAUCGCGCGCGUGCGGCGCCAGAUCGCGGGCGUGGCGGGUGCCGAGGACGCGGGCGACGAUCUCGCCGUGCUGCAGGCCGAGGCCGCCACGCUGUUCGCACAGCAGGACGCCGCGCACCAGGAUGCCGCGCACUGGCACGCUGCUGGGCCGGGAGCGGGGGCGGAUCGUGCGGCGGGUGGCGGCGUGUACGGCCGGCCCUAUGCGCGGCCCCGAGGCGCGUUUCGCGGGCGCGGCGGGCCGCGGACGGGGGUCCGGCGGUUGGACAACCGGCCCAGGGGGGUCGUGGUGAAGGGGGUCGAGGCGGGGAGUGCGAGGGACGAGGGGGUGAGGGUUGUGUUGCUGAACACCCCCGGCGUCGUGGCCACACACGUGCACCCCUCGCAGCCCGACGCGCUGGUCGUCGGCUUCGCAGAGCGGUACCAGGCCGAAGCUUUCAUCGACACAGCACACAACCACCCCUCCCUCGGCCCGCUGGACAUGGAAUGGGCGCCCAACGAGCUGUUCGCCGACGCACGCGGUGCACAUGCAUCCACGUCUCAAAGCACCGCUGCAGGUGCGGCCACAGACCAGACUGCAGGUGGGGUUACAGGCCGAGAUGGAAAGAGGGGGGCAGAUGGGCGCAGAGAUGGGAGUCCGGCGUCGUCGGCGGGGACGCUGGGUGCGGAUGCAGAGGCGGGUGGGGUGGGCGAGGCAGAUGGUGGGGUAGACGAUGCGGAUGUAGACAUGGACGUCGCCGAGGACGAGGACCGGUGGCUGUAGCGCUGGCGGAUGGAAGAUGGAGGUUGGAAUGGAGGGAGGGGCUGGCGUGACGUGGUGUAGACAAGGCAUAGUGCAUAGUAUAGAAGGGGGGCGAGGAGGUGUGUAUAGCAGUAUAGCAGUAGCAGUAUAGCAGUAGCAGUACAGCAGUGAAUGCUAGAGUCUGUUACAUC